GAGUGAGAGUGUGUGUUGGAGAGAGGGAGAGGGAGAGUGUGAGAGGGGAAAACUGUUCCAGCCUCCGAAAUGACUCAGUAACUUUUACGCUUGGAGCUGCUUUCUCAAACCUCUCUCUUCUCCCCCCCCUUAAAAAAAACCCCUCCUCAACGGUUUACUCCGCGACAGCUUGGAGAUGUAUUCUUCACCUCUCUGCCUCGCCCAGGAUGAGUUCCACCCCUUUAUUGAGGCACUACUCCCCCACGUCCGGGCCUUCGCCUACACCUGGUUCAACCUCCAGGCCCGCAAGCGCAAGUACUUCAAGAAGCACGAGAAGCGCAUGACAAAGGACGAGGAGCGGGCGGUGAAGGACGAGCUCCUCAACGAGAAGCCCGAGGUGAAGCAGAAGUGGGCGUCCCGCUUGCUGGCCAAGCUGCGGAAGGACAUCCGCCCGGAGUACAGGGAGGACUUUGUCCUUUCCAUCACGGGGAAGAAGCCCUCCUGCUGCGUCCUCUCCAACCCCGACCAGAAGGGCAAGAUGCGCAGGAUCGACUGCCUCCGACAGGCCGACAAAGUCUGGCGGCUGGACCUGGUGAUGGUCAUUCUCUUCAAGGGCAUCCCUCUGGAGAGCACCGACGGGGAGCGGCUGGUCAAGGCCGCCCAGUGCACCCACCCCAUCCUCUGCGUCCAGCCUCACCACAUCAGCGUCUCCGUCAAGGAACUGGACCUAUACCUGGCGUAUUUCAUCCGAGAGAGAGAUUCAGAUCAAAGCAGUAGCCCCAGGACGGGAAUCGGCUCUGACCAGGAGGACAGCAAGCCCAUCAUCACGCUGGACGCGACAGAUUUCCAAGAGAACUUCGUCACGUCCGGGGUGUUCAGCGUCACGGAGCUGAUCCAAGUUUCCCGGACGCCGGUGGUGACGGGCACAGGGCCAAAUUUCUCCCUUGGGGAGCUGCAGGGGCACCUCGCCUACGACUUGAACCCCUCGAGUACGGGCAUGAGGAGGACGCUCCCCAGCACUUCCUCCAGCGGGAGUAAACGUCAUAAGUCCGGUUCGAUGGAGGACGACCUGGACGGCAGCCCGGGGGGCGAAUAUUACACGUCGCCCAGCUCCCCCACGAGUAGCAGCCGCAAUUGGACGGAAGACAUGGAAGGGGGGAUUUCUCCGAAAAAGCCAGACAUGGACAAGUCUCCCUUCAACAGUCCGUCUCCGCAAGAUACUUCGCCCCGGCUGAGCAGUUUUACACAACACCACCGUCCCGUCAUCGCCGUACACAGCGGUAUCGCCCGAAGCCCUCACCCUUCCUCCGCGCUACAUUUCCCCACCACCUCGAUCCUGCCCCAGACAGCCUCCACUUACUUCCAACACACAGCCAUACGGUACCCGCCGCACCUGAACCCGCAGGACCCUCUGAAAGACCUCGUCUCACUGGCCUGCGACCCGUCCAAUCAGCAACCGGGACCGUUAAAUGGAGGUGGCCAAGUGAAGGUUCCCGGGCAUUACCUUCCCACCCAGAUGUUGGCGCCGCCGCCCCCCCCGGGUCUGCCCCGCCUGGCAAUCUCACCCGACACCAAACCCAUCGCGACAACUUCCGAGGGAGGGACCACUUCGCCGACGUCUCCCACCUACUCCGCCCCAGGCACACCCCCUGCGAACCGCUUCGUGGGACUAGGACGGGACCCUGGCAGCAUUUAUCAGGCGCAGUCCUGGUAUUUAGGUUAACCGCAGCUUACAUUUGGACCUUCAUCUUCCUCACCCCCCUCACCCCCCCUCCCGGGCUUUGGGCUUCCUCCGAGGAGAACGAUUCACACCCACUCCCGACCCCCCCUGGCUCAAACCUUGAUGGCGGUGCGGAGAGAGGGGCGACGGCCGGACUUGACUUCGGGAGUCCUUGGCGUCACAGGAAGAAGGUCCAAACUUUUGCAAAAUGUUUUAAAAAACGAACGUAGCGAAGACUCGCCUGCCCAGCCCACAACCCCGUCUGACAAGUCUUGGGGGGCCAGAAACGAACACUACUUUGGAUAGAGGACGUAUCGCGCCUCGCGGCCACCCCGCCAGUUCCGUUCUCAAAAGGGAUGUUAUAUGCAAAAUGUUCCUGAUCUUUUUUCUCCCCUUGGGCGUGAAGGGGUGGAAAAGAGAGAGACUAGAGUGAGGGGGGGCGUAAUUCCUGGCCUGCUGCCGCCCCCUCCAGCACCUUCCCACCCCCCCACCCCGCUCCCCUUUUGCACACCGCCUUCCUUCUCCGGAGAAGACGACGGAACGGCGCGCACGACGGAUCUCCGUGGCGCGUCGAGACGGCGGAGGUAGCAAACCCCCUCUCCCGCGAGGGAGAAAAGCUGGACACCUUUUAUGCCAUGUCUGUGGCCCCAAUCCCUCCCCCCCUACAAAAUAACCUGCGCUUUGCUUCCCCGUAGGGGGGUUCCGCCCGCGGCACCCACCGCAUGACAGGGUGUUUAGCGAGAUUUCUUCGGCGGAGGAAGAACGGAGCGCGUUUCCGCAACUGCGCUCUUUCCACCCAGAUGCGCGUAAAAGCACGUUUGAAAGAUGCCAUCUUCGGGAAAGGGGGUGGGACGGGCAGGGAGGGGGGUGCAGAAGACAGGGUUGGUCAAAAGGGGCUGUCGGUUGGAGGGUAGACCCGAGCUGCGUCCACGCAGGCAGAGCCCAAACGCCGCACGUGCAAAAAAAACCCACAACCCUUUGGAAACUUGAAGGGUUGGCGCGGCACGAUUUCUUCCAACGCCAGGCAGGGGGUUGGAUACGGCCGUACGCUGUGUUUAAACAGCACCCCAAUUUCCCGCAUGGUACUAGAGGUCUGUCUCGAACCCUUGCCUUAAAGUUGGACGGGAGGCCGAGAGAACGGGUUCCCUGCCCGGCACACGCGGAGAAUUGCCAUCCUGCUCUCUUACGGGGAGCGGGUUUGCGGCCGGGGUGGGGUUCCACGUCUCCCCUCAAGCCCCCACCUUUGUCCACCCGCCUGGCAAAACCCCUUUAGGAGGGAGGUUUGGGAAAGGUGACGUGCCGGCGGGUUUGCGUACAUUUGAGGACCGGGCCCCCGGCUCGGCGGGCGAAGGGGGCUUGUGGAGGGAUGUGAGCGAGCUGGUGGCAUCCCCCCUCCCCAUUUGCCCUGCAAACAACCACCCCCCAGCCCUUGUGUACAAAGAGCUAUGCAUGUUAUAGUUAAACCAGCUAUGUCAGGGGGGUGGCGUGGAUGGCGGCGAGGCCAGGGACGGGACUGCUAAUAUGGAUUGCACAUUAUUAUUGUUGUAGGAAAUGCACUUUGAAAAGGAGAAAGGAAGGUCGGGGCGGGAGGGGGAGUUUACGUGGGGGGGGGGACGAGGUGAGGAAGGCCGUCUCCCCCUAGUGCUUUUUUGUUAUUCUUUGAGGGGGGGUGCUGUCAAGAGGCGACCACCAGGGAGGCACAGAACGGGGCCUUAUUGGAGUGAGUCUUUCAGGACAAAAUAGCUAAAUCCAGCAGAGGCGUGGGGAGGCCUUACCUUACCCCACAGUUGCCCCCUCCCUCUAGGACUCAAUUUAUCCUUUCCCUCCCCAUUCCUGCCCUCCCGCAAGCCCCAGACCGUGGAGCCCAGAAGCCAUCUCUGACUGGUACAAGUGCCUACAUUUUAACGCGCCAGUCCUCCUCGCCGGGUUACGGAGAAAGCGGCGACCGCGGGCGCAGGCCCCGAUCCGAGCUGAACUUGUAGUGCUCCGAGAGAGCGUCAUUUCAAUAACGCCUCGCGCCCCAACCAACACCCUCUUUUCCUAGUGAACACCAAAGCUUUAAAACACCACGGACCUGAUCUCCUCCCGUCGUUCGCAGAACUGUAGAAUUGCUGAGCUGGGAGGGGGGUCGCCCCCUUUUCCCAGGGUCUCUGAGUCCAACCGGCUGCAACGCAGACAUUGCAACGGAAGCAUCAGCGAUGGAGGGCCGUGCAAGAGUCCUUGCGCCGCUGCCGAUGCCACAGUUUUCUGCAAAGUCUGGGGAGCGCCGCCUUCGCUUCAGACGGGUCCUUCUCCUCUUCAGCAAAAGUGGAGAUCCUUUGAAACGAUCCCCGGAGAGUUUCCCUCUGCGUGUUUGGAAGCGAUCGAGGCUCUAGGGAGAGACAUGUGAGGUGCAGAGGGCAAUGCGGCCCUCAUCCAGCAGCGGCCCGUCCAAGCAGACCAGCUGGAACGACAGCAUGGUGCGCCGAGAAAGGAGAAGGAAGUUUUGGAAGCCGCGAACCGCAAUCAGUAGUCGCCGGGAGUUUGGGACCAUCUGCAAGGCUGCAUUCUCCCUGCCUGUGCUCUCCAAACUAUAGUUUCCGGCGUUCGUUGGGGGAGAAGCCAUGGCGGUUGUCGAACUGGUGCAAAAGAGGUGGAUGUUUUUGCACCCUAGAUGUGCCAGGAAGAACCCAGAUGACAUUUUGAUCCAGAAUAUCUUGGAGCUUUCCGCCACCAGCCCCAGAGAUGAAAUCCAUCCUUGGGUGAGUUUCUCCCCAACAUAAAUGCCAGGCUGGCUUUUAAAGCCCCAGAAUUCUCGAAUCUGUUCCUGUCUCCUAGCUGAAAUGUGAGGGGUGUUGGUUCUGGUUUUUAUACGUUUGGGGUUGUUGUUUUUUAACCGCUGAGCCCAAACCGGUUUGUGGCGCACCCAAUCUCCUUCGCCCAGGAGUCUCUGAGCCUUCAGAUGUACAAAAAGGAAAAGAAGAAGAAGAGCUGUGAGCUUUUGAGAAAAAGCACGGACUUCUCCGGCACAGCUCCUCCAGUCAAAACAGCAGCGGUUUUGGGGGACCUUUGGCCUGGUCUCGUGCGAUUCCCAGGAGGACUUUCCCCCGUUCCCAUGGGUCUUCUGUCUUCAGCCCAGCUUCGCGGCCUGAAAGAUUGGGGCCGCAGUGCCUGUCGCCCCUCUGAAUGAUGCUUCCAACAAUGACGUCGCUCGCGACUUAUCCUCAGGGGCUGUGGCUUCUCCACCCACCUGGGGCUUGCGUUUGCAUAUGCAAAAACCCACCUGCCCCCUCCUGACCCCUCCACUUCCUCCUCCGAGGCCAUGGGGGAGGGGGAGACACUUUGCUAGGUAACCCCAAGGCCCUCCCCUCCAAUGGGCAGCGUUUGGCGGAAAGGGAGGGCAGUUCCCAGCGACUCUUGUUUACAUCUCUGCACCUUUAUAUAACGAGAAAUGUUGACGCCAGGUUUAGCCAGUAGUGGGUUGGGAGCGCCCCACAACCCCGUCCCGCACCCCCCGGGAAAAAAAAACACAAAAAACCAUGGGUUUUCUCCAAGCUGAAAUUAAACCACAAAGCUGGUUACCUUCCCACGGGGGUGGUUAUUAUUUUUUAAAACGGAAAUCAUAAAGCGUAUAUUUGCAAUUGGUGGAGAGGUUUCCGGAAGGAACCAAGAGAGAUUUUUUUUAACCCUUUGCCACUAUAGACUGCAUGGUGCUUUCGGAACAGGAACUCAUGUGACCUAGCUCAACCAAUCAGCUGGCUGAGAAUGUGUGCAUGGCAAGAAUACAUAGGCCCCGCCCCCUUCUCGCCUUCCCCCCCAAAAAAACUUGGCUCCGCCUUUCCGAUGAGGAACGAAACGGGGUGGGGGUUGGGAGAAGAAAUCCACCGCUCCCGCCCCGCCCCGCCUCGCCCCCCCCUCCCCGCCCGAAUUUGCACGAGAGAAAACAAAAAACGAAAAAACGAAAAAAAACGAGAGAAAGAUGUUUUAUACCACAUAAUGUGCCUUGCCUUCUACAGAAAAGAAAGAUGUAUUAACUUUAAUGAGAUUUAAUGCACAGAUCUGUUUGCAUGCUUUUAAUGCGUGUAUGGGGUAGGGGGAGGUAUGCGGGGUGGGUUGGGGGGAAUUAUUGCCUUUUUUUAAAAAAAAAUCAGCAUUACGGACGGGGUCGCGCGAGGGCAAAUUGCAAUGGAGGAAGUGAAGCGAGGGUUUUCGGUUGCUGUUUUUUAAUUCUUUCCUUUUUGCGUUGAUCCCGAAGUUUCUGAAAGAGGCUGCCGGGUGGCCGAGAUGGAUUUGAGGGGGUUCAGUGUUCUGGGCUUGUGCAAAGAGGUGGGGCGUGUUUCCGCGCGCACAGGUUCGAAUUGGCACGGGUGCCUCUUCUCCCGUUCACAAACUCACGCGGGGUGCACGGGACAUUGUACAGUGGUGCCCCGCAAGACGAAUGCCUCGCAAGACGAAAAACUCGCUAGACGAAUGGGUUUUCCGUUUUUUGAGUCAUUCCGCAAG